AUAACAAUCAUGGCUGAUAAAGUUUGGUAUGUGACUGGCUGCUCAAAUGGUAUUGGAAAGGCUUUGGUACAGUUGCUCUUGACAUCUGGCGCAAGAGUGGCCGGAACAUCUCGCAAUAAGCAAUCAUUGGAUGAUGUGUUUGGUGUUGAUAACCAAAACUUCCUCGCAUUGGAGGUCGACCUCACAAGUGAGGCAAGCAUCCAACAAUCGAUAACUGCCACCACUGCCAAGUUUGGCACCAUCGACGUAUUGGUCAACAAUGCUGGUUAUGGACAAGUUGGUGCCGUUGAGGAUUUGACCGACAGUGACAUCCAAAAGAACUUUGAGAUCAACUUCUACGCACCACUUAGAGUGAUCCGUUUGGUGGCGCCAUUGAUGCGUGCACAACACAGUGGAUACAUCAUGAAUGUGUCGUCCAUGGGCGCGUUGGUCUACUUCCCCGCGAUGGCAAGCUACUGUGCCACCAAGAGUGCGCUGAACAUGGCCACCGACGCCUUGUGUCAGGAGUUGAAGCCAUUUGGAGUGAAGGUGCUGACGAUCAACCCUGGCGCGUUCAAGUCGGACUUCCUCAAUUCAUCCAAGAUCCAAGUGGCCAAUCCCGAGAACACCGUAUACAAGGAGCUUAUGGCAGGCUUUGACAUGGCAGUCCAGAAUCCAGAGGCCGUACUAAAUGGUGACACCAGCAAGCUGGCCAACGUAUUCCUUAAGGUUGUCGAGUAUCAAGGAGAACUACCAGUACACGUCUAUGUUGGAGCCGAUGCUCAUGCAGCCAUCAAUGCCAAGGCACAACAGAUCACCAAGGACCUUGAGGCUUGGGGCCAUCUCACUAAU